AUGACAAAAACAACCAUGAUUAACAACUGGCUCAGGCCCCCGAGAGGGGAUGCUCGUGAGGACCGCAACCUCAUUGCGCUGACAAUUUCGCCGGCCAAAUAUGUGAAACCUGACAGGAAAGACAAAGCGGUCAAAACUCCGUUCCGUCCGGGCUUGAGCAAGGUCAAAGUCGAAUGCAGUGACAAGGCGUCAAUAUCUUCGAAUGGCAAUAACGACGAUGUGAUUAUGCAAGAAGACCAUGAUGUGCCACCUUCCUUCCCCCCCGAAAAGGAUAUAAAGCUCGGAGCGACAUACAACCCCAGGCUUCUUCCGGACUACAGCGGACCGCUCUAUCAGCUCAAGACUGCAAGAGUGACUCAGCCCGACAUUGUGGACGUCAACGGCAAGCUUAUCCCACUGUGGCUGCUGCACGACAAGCUUCGGCCUGGUACGCUUAUUGUCGCGAACGUUGAACUAGUGGUCUGGGUGUUCAAAAAGGGCAAGGAAAUAUCAAAGACCUAUCAAGUUGUCGCGCACAAGAUCAAGGUCGUUGAUCCCUCUGAUGCUCCCGCAGAGAUCCCGGCUCCUGGAAAUCUGAAACCGAAGCCGGAUGCUGCCACACCCAUGACGGCUUCAGCUCAAUCAAAAAGAUCAUUCAACGAAUUCAUGAGCCCAACACCAUCUCCCGCAUCUUCUCCAGUGAAGAAAACAAGGCGUACUACUACGAAAUAA